CCGCGCGGCGCCGACGCUGCGUGCGGCGCGGUUUCCCGGCGUGCCGCGCGCGGGCCGCUCGCUGGAGUCGGCUCUCGAGGCGGCGGCGGCGGCCCCGGCGGCUCCUGGUCCUCGUCCGCCGGCCGCGGCGCCCCGGGCCUCCCCCGCGCCCGCCGGCCCGCGCCCCCGGCCCCCGGCCCCCGGCGCCGCGGGGAGGAGCGGCCCGGCCCGGCGCCCCGAGCCCCCGCCGCCCCCGCCGCCGCCGCCCCCCGCGCCCAGGCAAUGACAGCGGCUCCGGCGUCCCCGCAGCAGAUGAGGGACCGGCUGCUGCAGGCCAUCGACCCCCAGAGCAACAUCCGGAACAUGGUGGCAGUGCUGGACGUGAUCUCCAGCCUGGAGAAGUACCCCAUAACCAAAGAGGCCCUGGAGGAGACGCGCCUGGGCAAGCUCAUCAACGACGUGCGCAAGAAGACCCAGAAUGAGGAGCUGGCCAAGCGCGCCAAGCGGCUGCUCCGCAGCUGGCAGAAGCUCAUCGAGCCGGUGGCGCAGGCGGAGGCGGCGCUGCGGGGGCUGGCGGGCGCGGGCUCGGCCAACGGGGGCCACCACUGCCGGCCCGACGCCGCGGCGCGGGGGCUGCAGGAGCUCAAGAGCCGCCUGGACCCGCCGCGCCUACCCGCGCCCCGUGCCGACCGCCCGAGCGGCCGCAAGCGCCGCGGGGACCCCCGCGACCUGGGCCCCCCCGGGCCGGCCCCCAAGCUGCCCAAGGCCGCGCCCGAGCCCCCGCCCGCCGUCCCGUCCCUGUCCCCACUCCCCACGAACGGCGUCGCCGGCAGCCCCGAGCCCGGAGACUGUGACCGGCCUGGCGGCGCCAAGAUUCCCGUGAACGCCGUGCGCCCGCACGCCGGCCCGCCGGGCCCCGCGCCACUGGACAGGGUGGACGCCAGGGCCCCGCCGCCGCGCUGCUCCUUCGGCCCCCGGAACUCGCGGCUCGAGGGCCCCUGCGCCCGGAGGCGCAGCCCCUACGCGCCCAAGGGCUCGGCGCCCAGCCCCUCACCGCGGCCGCCCUCGCUCGACGCCUCGCGGGUGCCCUCCCCGCUCCCACCGCCCUCCGCGCCCCUCCCGCACCCGCCCGACCCGGAGCCGCCCGAGAGCCGCUGGCCCGAGCCCCCCGUCGGUCACCCGCGCCUGGCGGGCCCCCCGCCCCGGCCCGGACUCUCGCCCGACGCCGCAUCCCCGGGGCCCGGGCCAGGCACCGACAGCCGGCGGAAGAAGCGCUACCGGCCGCGGGACUACACGGUGAACCUGGACGGCCAGGCGGCCGAGGUGGCGGCGGGCCUGAAGCCGGUGCGGUUAAAAGAGCGCAAGCUGACCUUCGACCCCAUGACCAGACAGAUCCGCCCACUGGCGCAGAAGGAGCCGGCUCCCGGCGGCCCCCUGCCCGCACCCCCCGCCGCUGCCACCGACCGCGAUGCCGCCGCCCCCGAACCCCCGCGGGCCGAGGCGGCACAGCACAGCCCCUUGGAGCAGACGAACUGGAAGGAGCUGUCGAGUAACGGCCUGAUCCAGACCUACCUGAGCCUGCGCAGCAGUCUGCUGGCCUCGGGGGCGGGGGCGGGAGCCGGAGCCCAGGGCCCCCACCUGCGGCCGGAGCAGCUCGCCCGCCCCGCACACGUGCUGCUGCCGCCACCCAGCCCGCCCACCGAGCUGCCCGGCCUGGGCCGCGAGGUCUCGGACGCCGACGUGGCGCGGCUGCAGGCUGCCGAGUGGCCGGGCGUGAACGGCUGCCGGGACACACGGGGCGCCUGGUUCGACUGGACGCAGUGCAUCCCGCUGGACCCGCACGGGGACGAGGGCCGCCUCAACAUCCUGCCUUACGUCUGCCUGGACUAGCGCCCCAGGCCCCCUCGAGAAAUGCUGCUACCGGUUUACUGACCCGCCCGGGCCGGGCCCGCCGGCCGGCGCUGCACACGAGCCAGCCCCAGGCCGGCGGCCAAGGCUCAGGUUGGGGCGCGGCCCCGGUUCGAGUCCCGGCCCCGUCUUUUCAAGCGAUGCUGCAGAAAUGUUCGGUUCCCUUCCCCCCUUCUGACCUCAAGCCAAACAACCCCCCUUCUCUGGCCUCCCCCCCCAGCCAGCUCACAAAGGUCCCCUCUCUGGAGCCCCCCCCAACACACAGCAGCCGCGGGUGCUACUGGGGCGGGAGGCCGGUCUGCCCGCUGGAACACUCGGAACCAUUCCUCUAGAGCCUUUGCCUUAUGGUUACUCCUCAGCGCGAUUCGCAAAAUCAAGGAGCCUUAGUGAAUGUACAAACCAGACUUCUGCGGCGGCAGAAGCAGCGACUCGGCCGUUUGGUCCAGCGUGUGAACAUCUUGUGAUAUAUGUGUGGAAAUAAAAACCAUUUGCACAA